AUCUCAAGCCUUUUUUCUUUUUUAUAUUUUUUUGAUUAGAAGAGAAACUUUAUUGAAAACAAACUAGGCAAACAUAGUGACCACAGUACUACAUUGUUUUUCUAGUCUAUAGCCCAACGGGCAAGGGCAUCCGCGCGCCACAAGAUUGUCAGAUCUCGGUAUAGCCACUACACAAACAGACCUAAACUCCUUAAAACCAUCAACACAGUCUUUGAAGAGGGGAUAGGAUCCACACUCAAAAGGUACAGAGCCAACCUCAAUCAUCACUAGCUAGAUAUAUAGAGAGAUAAUACAUAGAUAGCUAGAUAUAUAUAGCUCAUUGGUACGGCAGCAGUCACUAGCCCUUGCCUCAAUCAUCACACAUUGUAACAAAACUUUCUUCACGUACGCGAUUCAAACCGUAGUAGCUACCUCUGGUACGUAUAUAUACUUAAUGAAUUGUUGCAAAUAUGAUAGAUCAUAUAUUUUUCUGAAUCAGAUCUUUUAUACUUUGAAGAUAAUUUUGUAUUGUGUUUAUUAAAUUUCAGUAUAAUUUCUGAUUUAAUUUUGAUCUCUCAUUAUACGUACCAUAACCAUAUAUUGUUCUUUUCAUUUCUUUCUUUCUUUAUUUUCUUAUUUAAUAAUCUCAAGAAAGAGAUAAUUUUUAAUAUAUAUAUACACAUAUAAAUUCUUGAAAUCGAUGAUUUCUAAUAGGAAUAAUUAAGCAAAUAAUGCAUGGUUACCACCAUUAUAUAAUCACUCGUUUGUUCAAGAAUCCACCAAAAAAUUAUUAAUCAUAUUUUAAUUCAACACUGCUAUUAGAUUUACAUAUAAAUAUAUAUAUAUAAUAUAAAGUGAUUAUAUAUGUAUCGUCAUCUUCAAUAUUAAUUUCUUGUGUAUAUAUUUAUAUAUACAUUUGAAAGCCAAGAAAAUAGAAAUGAUGAGGACUAAGAGGAGGGCGGUGAGUGACGAUGAUUAUAUCAAUUGGAAGAAGGUGAAGAUUAUGUUAACUGAGGCAAUGGAAUUAAUAGAUACGUCAAUUGAGAAAAUAAGGAAGAAGCUUGACGAAAAUAAUGACGAAGAAUGGACUCAAGUGGACCAAAUGAUUGCAUCCAUAACCGUCAACAAAUUGUUCUCGGAAAAUAUUGGUCCCAAAGUAUGGAAUUAUUUGUCGAGAUCCCUUUGUAACAAAUAUGAUUGUGUCUUGAAAGAAAGGAUUUUAGGAAAGGUGAUUCCUUCGUUGGAGGGUAAGAAAAAUGACAAGUCUUUGGUGAAAGAAAUUUUGGAAGAAUGGGCAUUGUUUGAGAUUUACUUAAAUAAUGUACAGAUAAUGUUUAAACCUGCGGAUGAACUUGGACGAUUACCUACAGUGUCACCAAUUCUUCCUUGGUCAUUACGUGCACGCUCAAAACAUAACUUUUGUAUAAGGGUCUGGGGAAAAUUCAGUUGCGAAAUCGAUCAUUUGCUAAAUGAAAUGAAUGAUUCAUCUGAGAGACUACAUGAGGAUUCAAUCAAAUUUGUUCUUUUCUAUUAUGAAAUGGGGCAAGCAACAACAGCGACAGAUAUACAUACGAACAGAAGUUUAGGUAUAUUAAAGAGAAAGAUGAUACUGUAAAAAGAUUAUCUUCUCAAGUACUCCAUAUAAUUUGUGGGAUUUCUUUUGAUGUUUAUUGUGAACAGUUUGUGUUAGGUUGGAAUAAAUAUAUGUCUGGGACCAUAAAUAUAUACAUAUGUACACUACUAUAGCAUCAUUGAUUGCACUAAUUUUAUAUAGUUCAUGUUCUUUAGUA